GUAACAUUUAGUUUGUUUGAUAAUAGUUCUUGUUUUAUGAAAUAAAUCAUUAUUUCCACCCUCUUCAUUAACGGUAGCAUUAUAUAUAAACAGACGCUCAUUCUAGCUCAACAAUUGCAGAUAUUACUAUGUCGUUUUCUCGACCCAAAAAAGGAAAAAAGGUGGUGAUUCUGUCUCCCCCGGAGAACGCGCAGAUUCUGUUCCGACACCUGAGGAGCAAAGAGCAGGUAGACCCCAAUAGUAACAUCCAUCCAGCCCCCAACAUGGUACAGGUGAAAUCAAAGAGAGAACAGGACGGCAGGAACGUAAUGCUCGACUUCUACGUGGAUGGUCAGUUUGGGUCGGCAAAAGGGUCCUUUUUGGCUCUUCUGAUAGAUGCCAGGGCUGUGGUGUUUGUGGCCAGCAACUCACAAUCAGACAGUCUGGACAAAUUGACAACCAUGCUAGCCACCUCUUCCAUGAUUCCAGGUCGGAAGUUUCUGGUGAUAGCUGACGAAGUGCCAGCAGAGGCUAGUGCUCUAAAAGCGGAAUAUGUGGACAGCUGGUCCAAGAGCAGAGGGUGCCAGGCAGUGAUACACAUCGAGUCAACAACAGGGACUGGAGUGGAUGACCUGAUGCAAAGAGUGGCCACCUCAUUAGCUUAAGAGAGUCUUCAAGACAAGUGUGAAUAAAUCAACCGCAGUAUAAGCCAGCAGAAAACGCACAUGUUGUAUGGAAACAGUUUUAAAUUUAUUUCACGCAGGGUAUAAACCAGGCGAAAGUUAUGUCAUUUGAAUGAAUUUUCCUAGACUAAACGUAACUGUUACAUGAUUGUUACAUAAAAAUUAUAAAACAUUUACGUAUUCUUGGCUGGCGUAUAAGGUAGGUGGUGUCCCUUCAUACGCUCGUAACUUGACACUACCCGAACUCUUUGCCUAAUAAAGUCCAAAUUAAUGAGUUUUUAUAACAUCCUAUUAGACUUUUAUGUAUAGUCAUUUCAAAGGUUUUAUUAAAGUUGAUACCCAUGUAAAUUGAAAUAGCUUGAAUUGA